AUGCGACAAGAUGGAUAUAAAUGCGCGUUGAAACAACAUGAAGAAAACUUUAAUGGGAAACCAGCAUCAUACAGCGGUGUCAAUGCCUUAGUACCGAGACCACGCAAACACAUAGAAGGAAAUGCACUUUGUAGCAUAGCUGAAUCCUUCUUCAUUGAACAUACUUAUCCAAAAUGUUUUAUUCUGAUUGAUGCCCUGAAAGUGUUCAACAAACGUCUCCUCAUGAGGCGUCAACAGCGAUCGUAUGGUGAAGUCGAAACUCUCCAUAUCAACACAAUGACAAUUGUAAUUAAAGACGGUUGUGAUGAGUCAGAGAAUAAAUUGUGGCCAAGUGAAUACAUGGAUGAAUCACACAAAAUCAGCAUACUCGAUGAGAAGAUUGAAAUUGAAUGUAAUGAAGUUUGGGGAGCAUUGCAUGCAUUGCAGAGUAUCAUACAAUUGGUGCAUAGAAGUAAAUCGGGGUCUCUUGUAAUACACGAAGACAUUAUUGAGGAUGCACCAAGAUUCAUUCACAGAGGAUUUCUCGUUGACACUGCCAAACAUUAUAUCAAUGUUGAUGAGAUUGUAAAGUUCAUUGAUGCAAUGGCGGUUGUGAAAAUGAAUGUAUUUCAUUGGCAUAUGACGGAUGACAGUUCAUUCCCCUAUGUGUCAUCCACAUAUCCUCGACUCUCCCGAGAAGGUGCGUAUCAUCCACGGAAGUUGGUUUAUGAGAAUGAAGAUGUUGUUCGUGUGAUAGAGUAUGCCCGUCUACGUGGGAUACGUGUGAUGGUGGAAUUUGAUACCCCGAGUCAUACAAAGUCAUGGGAAAAAAGUUAUCGUGGAAUGCGGACAAAAUGUUCUUCUGGAAGUCAAUUAGGCCCAUUCAACCCUGCACGUGAGAACAACUUUAAAAUUCUGAAAGCGUUUUUCAGAGAAGUGACGUCAGUAUUCCCAGAAGCAUAUAUCCAUUUGGGUGGUAACGAUGUUUCCUUCUCAUGCUGGGAAUCGAAUGCUGGAAUUUCGGAUUUCAUGAAGCUGAAGAAAUUCGGUGAUGACUACGGGAAACUUGAAUCGUAUUACUUUGACCGACUAAUUGAAGUUAUUCAAUCAGUUCAACCAGAGGGUCACGUGAUUACACCAGUGGUUUCAAAUGAAGUAUUUCACAAUGGUUAUCGUCCGAAUAAGACCAUUGUGAUGCACGUCUGGCAGGGCAUAAAUUGGCCGAAUAUUGUUAAAUCUAUAACGUCAGCUGGUUAUCGAGUUAUAGUUUCAGCAUGUUGGCAAAUCUCUCCUUCAAAUCAUGCAAAUCGAUGGUAUGAUUAUCAUAAAUGUGAUAUUGGAGCAUUUGAAGGUACUGAGGAAGAGCAGAAAUUGGUGAUUGGUGGAGAAGCCGUUGUAUCUGGAGAAAAUGUGGACGAUACAAAUCUCUUCACGCGCGCAUGGCCUGAAGGUGCAGUCAUAGCCGAUCGUCUAUGGUCACAUGAUCAGUCCACCAUUGUUGAAAUGAAACAAAUACUGGAUGAACUGCGUUGUCAUAUGAGAGAAUUAGGAUUCAAAGUGAAACCGUUAGAUGAACCGAAGAGUUGUUUACAACCAUAA